AUGUGUGCGCGCUCUCCACACACACGCGUGGUGUUGUUUCCUCUCUUUCCUCUCUUUCAGGCCCGGGAGUGCCUGAACCGAGCCCGAGGGUGGCUGUGCCGGGUCAGGGGGUGGCUGUGCCAGGAGGGGCUGGCUGUGCCGGGCCCGGGAGUGGCUGUGCCGGGUCAGGGGGAGCCGCUGCCCGUGCAGGUGUGGCGCUGCCCUGCCCCUCUUUUCCCCCCCGCCCGUUCCUCACGCGGAGGCCCGGCGUCUGCGGGCCCGAGUCCGGCCGGCCAAAGCCCCUCCCCGCGCGCCACCCCCCUGCGCCGCCCCCGGACGUGCAGUCGUCGGACGGACCAUGAGCGGCGCGCCGGGGCUCGGACCGCGCGCUUCUCGCCACUGCCUCGGCGCGCGGCGCGCGCUGGGAAGGCGAAAGCGCGCGGAGAAGCCGCGCCCGCGCGGCAGCGCGGGAAGCAGUGCCAUUACUACGCGGGCGAGGCAGGCUUGUACCCCGGGACGCCCGGCUGCCCGGUCCGACACUCGCUGCACCUCAUCCAGCCAGAGAGGUACUGCGGGGACCGGGGCCGCCGGGGGCGGGCGGCGGGCCAGCGGGAUUGCCCGAGUUGCGCUCUGGGACGCGGCGGCAGCGCCACGUCAGGCGGAGCCCCGAGCGCUGCCCGGCCCUUCCCUUCCCCGCGGCCCCGCUGCGGCCUCCGGGAGGGGAGCGAGGGAAGGAGGGAGGAAGUCUCCAAGCCAGCACCGUACUGGGAGGGAACAGCAGUCAUCAAUGGAGAGUUUAAAGAGCUGAAAUUAACAGAUUAUGAAGGAAAAUAUCUUGUCUUCUUCUUCUAUCCUCUUGACUUUACGUUUGUCUGUCCAACUGAGAUAAUCGCCUUCAGCGACAGAAUUGAAGAAUUCAGAGCAAUAAAUACUGAAGUAGUAGCAUGUUCUGUGGACUCAAAGUUCACUCACUUAGCAUGGAUUAAUACUCCUCGAAAACAAGGAGGACUCGGACCAAUGAAGAUUCCCCUUCUUUCAGAUUUGACACAUCAGAUUUCAAAGGAUUACGGAGUGUAUCUGGAAGAUCAAGGACAUACACUCAGAGGCCUUUUCAUUAUUGACAAUAAGAGAAUCCUUCGACAGAUCACAAUGAAUGACCUUCCUGUUGGAAGAUCAGUGGAUGAAACACUUCGUUUGGUACAAGCAUUCCAGUACACAGACAAACAUGGAGAAGUUUGCCCUGCUGGUUGGAAACCUGGCAGUGAAACAAUAAUUCCAGAUCCAGCUGGAAAACUGAAGUAUUUUGAUAAGCUAAACUGAGGCUUGCUUCUGUUGAACUACAUAGGUCACAUUCAAUUUGAUUUUUGCCAAUAAAAUUUCAUUAAUUUUGGUA